UGUGAUGUAAAAUGAAUAAAUAAAUGAUGGAAAUAAAUGAUGUAAUAAUGUAAUGAUGAUUUAAAAAACACUUAUCAUUUUAGGAAUUACCUUUUUAAUCUGUGCAGUGAGAUAAUAAUAAGGAACAAUGUUUUUCAGCAAACUGAAGAGUGACCUUUGAUUACUAAAGGUAAUAGCAGCAGAAAGGAAUUUCAGUGCUUUUCAUGUACAAUAUUUAGCAUGAAUAUACUGUAUAGGCAAAUAACCAGACUUUUUUACCAAUCUUAAUUUCAUUUUUGUUAUGUAAGCUAUAACCUGUUCUGUGGUCAAUGUAGGUCUUCUGCUUGUUGUUUAUUUGUAUAGUUGUAAUAUUUCUGCUGUCUCUGUUUCUCUUCAUGGGCCUUAAUGGAGCUGCAGUGCAAACAUUCCUUUAAUUACAGCUGAAAAGUUGAUCAUAUGAAGAUUUUAUUCCUGUCAAUUUUGAAGUUUUCCUCCACAGUGUUAACAUACUGCUUUAACAGGCUGAUAUGUGUGAAUAUGGAUAUGACUGCACAUGUGAACAAAGUCAAUGAAUAAAGCUUUUUUUUUUUUCAAGAAAAGUAUUAUAAAUGCUGUAUGUGCAAAUGUAUAGAGUAAUGGUGUUCUGUUGGUAAAACUAUUUCAUUUAUCUAAAAAUAAAUGUGAUUUUGGCCACAGCCUCUGUAAGUGGUCAGCGACAACUCACGCACACCAGUGAACAUGGAGGAUGUCUGAUGCAUCAUUUUGAAGUGAUGUAGGGGACGUUUUACUUCAACUGGUAGUCAUUAAAUUUGGACAGCAGGCGGUGCUGCUGCAAAAGCAGUGACCUGAGAGCUGAGCUACAUGUAUUCAAGUGGUCAUUCAGAACACAUUAAUGUUAGACUGUGAUAUAGUUCUAAACAAACUGACACGGAUCUUCUCACUUACUCUGGAUAAUUAGACGUCUGCUCAGGUCUGUGUGGAUGUGUAAAACAGUGAUUGACUUUCUGGCGUGUGCUGUAUUGUCACAUCUGUAGGCUAGUAGCUUUUCUCUAUAAUGAUGUAAGCACUUGGGCCCACAAGAGGGGCACCACAGAAUAAUCAGCUGCAUGUUUUAGACAGCACAGAACCCAUUGAAUAAUUUUAUAGGUUUUAUAGGUCACCAGGAGUACAUUGUACAUAUGGGCCCUGAUAAGGGAGACAUUGAUUCCCUGAAUUCCUUGCUGUUUGUCACGAAUGGGCACUUUCCUCUUCUUCAUUGGAACUAUCUUCACGGUCACCCUCAUCGGCCGCUUCAUGACUGCUGUCUCUACUGAUGAUGGUCUCAAGAUCAAUAUGGCUGUCAUCAAAAUAUGCUUUGCUAAAAUCUGUCAUCAACUCAAAAUAUGUCAUAUCAUUACUAUACUAUCAUUACUAUAAAAAUUAAGCCUUUCUCUUUAGUUAACAGUAAUGAAUCCUGGAAGAUAAAAGGAGCUCUGCCAAUGAACAGGACACACAUUUUCUGCAUGAGACACUGUUCACUUUUCUAUAGUGAUGAAUUAUUGAUGAAUGGAACAGAUUUGUCUGAAUCAUGAUUAUUUAGAACAUUGAACAGUGUCUCCUGCACCACAAAUAAUCUGAGCCCAUCCCAGGAAAAUGCCAGUUCACCGGUGCAACACUGUAAAAAAAAAAAGAGUCCAUCUUUGUAGGGUUGAUUUCAAAUGUGUAUUGUAAGCAGAACCUGUUUUUACAUCGACCUUGUCCAUUUUUGUCCUGUACCCUUCAUUGCAUGUAGUAAACUAUGCGAUGGCUAAAAACACACACUGCCUUGUUGAAAUCGCUCCUCUCCCUAGAAGGAGUCAAACCCUGAUAACCCCUCCCUCUUCUUCCUGCUCUCAAACAAAAAUAGACCACGUGUUGCUUGCUUACUUCCGCCUCCACAGAUCUGGCAGUGUACAGAUGGGUGUAAUCAACAUGCUGCUAUGUGCAAGAGCUGGCAAGCCCCAUACACUGCAGAUCAGCAAGCGUAUAUGAAUUAACUGAGUUUUAGUUUGGAUCAGAGGGCUACAUUUAUCACUGUCUCUGAGAGGUAAAAUGGCACAGCAAAGAAUGGACCAGGAAAAACUCUGCUGUUCGAUCUGUUUGGAUCUACUGAAGGAUCCAGUGACUAUUCCCUGUGGACACAGCUACUGUAUGAACUGUAUUAAAAGCUACUGGGAUGAAGAGAAUCAGAUGGAAAUCAACAGCUGUCCUCAGUGCAGACAGAUUUUCAGACCGAGGCCUGUCCUGGUGAAAAACACCAUGUUAGCAGAUUUAGUGGAGGAGCUGAAGAAGACAAGACUCCAAGCUGCUCCACCUGAUCACUGCUAUGCCGGACCUGAAGACAUGACAUGUGAUGUCUGUACUGGGAGAAAACUGAAAGCUCUCAAGUCCUGUCUGCAGUGUCUGGUCUCUUACUGUGAGCAACACCUCCAGCCUCACUUUGAAUCUCCUGCCUUUGCAAAACACAAGCUGGUCGACCCCUCCAAGAAGCUUCAGGAGAACGUCUGCUCUCGUCACAAUGAGGUGAUGAAGAUUUUCUGCCGCACUGAUCAAAAAUGUAUCUGUUAUCUGUGCUCAAUGGAUGAACAUAAAGGCCAUGACACAGUUUCUGCUGCAGCAGAGAUGACUGAGAAGCAGAGAGAGCUUGGGGUGAGUCAGAAAAAAAUCCAGCAGAGAAUCCAUGACAGAGAGAAAGUCGUGAAGAUGCUUCAGCACGAGGUGGAGAAUAUCAAUUGCUCUGCUGAUAAAGCCGUGAGAGACAGUGAGAAGAUCUGCACAGAUGUGAAGCAGCAGAUCAGAUCUCAUCAGAAAACUGAAGUGACUCAUGUCAACAAGCUUCAGGUUGAGCUGGAGCAAGAGAUCGCUGAGCUGAGGAGGAAAUACAUGGAGUUGAAGCAGCUGUCACAUACAGAGGAUCACACUCAGUUUCUACGCAUUUACACCUUGCUGGCACGUCUUAGUGAAUCUACAGACUCAGCCAGCAUCAAUAUCCGUCCUCUGAGGUACACUGAGGUCAUGACAGCAGCUGUCUCAGAGGUCAGAGAUAAACUAGAGGGCAUUCUUAGUGAGAGAUGGACCAAGAUCUCACUCACAGAGAUUAAAGUGGAUGCUUUACUGCCACAGCCAGAGCCCAGAACCAGAGCAGAAUUCCUGAAGUAUUCAUGUGAAAUCACCCUGGAUCGAAACACUACACACAGAUGCUUAAGUGUCGAUGAUAUAAGAACAGUAUCUUUGAGGCACUAUAACGGUCCCUUAUCUUUGACUCUGUUUCACCCAGACAGAUUCAUUGACUGGUUUCAGGUUUUGUGUAGAGAAAGUCUGACUGGACGUUGUUACUGGGAGGUGAAGAGUCAUGGACAAGUUUUUGUAGCAGUUGCAUACAAGAAUAUUAGCAGAACAGGAUAUGAAAGUAUAUUUGGACAAAAUGAUCAUUCUUGGGCAAUACAAUGUUCAGAUGAUAGUUAUGAAUUCAGACAUAACAAAAUCAGAACUUCCAUCUCAGGCCCUCAGUCAUCCAGAGUAGGAGUGUACCUGGAUCACAGAGCAGGUCUUCUGUCCUUCUACAGCGUCUCUGAAACCAUGACUCUCCUCCACAGAGUCCAGACCACAUUCACUCAGCCGCUCUGUCCUGGACUCGGUUUGUAUGGUGAUAGAGCCUCAGCUGAAAUCUGUAUCGCAGAUACAUAGACAUCACAGACCCGUAUCAAAGUUUAAAAGCUACAGAGACAAACCACCACACAUGCGACAACUUAUUUAGACGUUCUAUAUGUAGUGAUCUUUCUCUUUUCAGCCAUGGUGUCAAUCAUUGCUCAUGAUGAUUUAAGAGUUUUCAUCUUUUUUCUUUUUCUUGUUUUAUUAAUUACUCUUUAGACUAAAACUUGUUAUACUUGGUAAACAGUUGCACAGGAAUCAACAGAACUGAAAAAUACAAGUAGAUAACCUGAAAAACAUGUCAGGGAUAAUGAUGAAGGAAGUAAAAAAGUAGGUAUGUUAAGUCUUGUUUUAAAUCCAUGUGGAUCCGAGGAUUGUGAGGCCUCUGUUAUUUGAAGGAAAGCAGUAUGGGAUUAGAAAUCAUAUAUUUAGCACUGGACAGGAUAAAUACAAUAUGAAAACUGACUUGUCUGACUUUGUUGGAUUAUUGGGUAUUUGUUGGAAAAUAAUUUGAUCGCAAUUAAUAUGAUCAUAUAGAUUUCUUUGAAAUAACACUUGCCUGUUGUAACAAUUUUGGUUUCACCAUUUAACCUAAAACAUGUUGUAUGAAUAAAAUUGUUUUUCUGUUGUCUGAUAUACAUUUGUAUAGUUCCUGUAAUAUUUUCUGUUGCCAUUUUUCUGCAUGUGACUUAAUGGAUCAGCACCAUACUGUAAGUCUUCUCUUCAUCACAACUGAAAAGCUGAUCAUAUGUUGAGUUUGAUCCUGUUACUUUGUAAAUGUGUUCAUAAAGAUGUAAUAAAGUAAAUCAUUAUUGUACAUUAUUGCCCCAGAAAGAACUACUGUCAUUAGUACUAGUAGUAUUAAUUAAUUCCAAUUCAUUUUAAUUGAUAAGGUGACCUACGGAGUUCUUCAGUCUAUGCAGCACAGGUCAGCUGAGCAUGCAAAAAUGUAAAUUUGUCUACAGACAAGCACAGACUUCAACAUAUAUGAAAUUAUAUAAAUAUGUUAUUAAUAUAUGCAAAUUUCCAACUGUAGUUGAAAUAUGAAGAAAUAAAAGUGAGCAGUUCUUUGAAGAAAAUCCUCUGGAAAUCAACAAUUGCUAAACUGAAAACAGCUAAACUCUUACCAAAAUAUCUCUUUGUUUCUUUACCUGUAAAAUGAAAUGUUGUAAAUUUUGACGGUCAGUGUAACACACUUUGCAUUAAAGAACAAAUUUCAUGGAUGCUACACCAAAUUUUCAGGUUUGGGGCUGCUAUGACAAAACUGAGUAUGGUAGGUGAUAUAGAAUGUUUUGGCAUCAAAGCAGAGGAAGUAUCUUAAAGUUGUUGGGUUUUUUUUUUUAUUCACCAUUUGCAGUCUCCAUGAAAAUGACCUUUUUUGAGCGAGGUUCAUUUUAUAAAUUGUUUAAAGUCAUUAUCAAAUCCUGUUUAGGGUCCCUCAAUGGGUUGGACCACCACUGAGUGAGUUAUGUGUUCAUCUCUUUCAGACUAAUAGUUUUAGGUAUGUGACAUGGUCACAGGCCUCUAACUAUCCCACCUGCUGCUGACAAAUUACUGACUUUUUGUUUUCAGAUCUGAAGUUCAGUCUCACAAUGGAAGAGACCAAAUCCUCAUAACUCUGAUUCAAGUCCAUAGCUCUAUACUACUUUGCUGCUGCUAUAUUUACUCACUUAAUAUGUACUAUAAGUGCUACAUAUUAUUACUAAAUUCAAAUCAUUUUGAUUGUCAAAGCAUGUUGUGCAGGGUUUACAAUGUAAGCAUGAUAAUUCUGAAUGUAUCUAAAACAUCAAAUGGUAUGCAUCUUAUUAAAUAAUACAGUAUACACUAUACAACAAUACAUAACCUUACACUAUACAACUAUUUGAAUAUAUUACAUAGUAUACCCAAUGUAAGGGAGAAUAAAUUGUCACAAACUAAUUAUUUGGAAAAGAAAAGAAUAUAUAUGAUAUGAGAUACAAUGUAAUGUAAUGAGAACCAGAAAAUCAAAAAGUGGAGUCUGAAUUUGAAUAAUUUCAUCACCAUUUCAUGUGUUACUCUAAUAGUUUUCCCUCAGGAUGUGACAUGCCUACAUAUAAUAUAUAUGACAUUUAUAUAUUGUAUAUUACUGUUCAUUGCUCAACAGUUGAAUAAACACUGAUCCAAAUAUUUUUCCUUGGAUUGAGGUUAUCAUUUGCAUUUUAUACAAAGGUUUUUUGCCAGCACUGUAUUUUUAGUGUUUGUGUGUCGUGUAUCAGUGUAAAACUGAAUAUGUCUUGCAAGUCUCUUUUGAAAGAAGUAGGCCUACAUAAAUUCAAAAGAUAAAGGAGUGAAGAGGAGUCAUUCCUAGUAAUCUACAGUUCUGUCUGUUUGAAUAAAAUAUAAUCAUUCACUUCAACAGAUAAUGAAACAAUACAUUUCUGCAUUUGUAACACCUCACUUCCACAUUCCUUUUUUUUUGUUGUUUAGCUUAAAAACAGAUUUGUCUGAAGUGCCAAUUGAUUUGAUUGAGCAUUUUUUUUUAAUUGACUGGGGCAUACCCAUGUUUUUUACUGUCAUGGAAGAAAACCAAUGGGAUUUGGAUAUGGAGGGAUGGAGUUGCAAAAU